CGCACCAUGGCGACGACCAACGAUACCGAUGACGCCUGGGGCGAAGUGUUUGCCUUGGCGGAAGGAAAGGAUACGAAAGUCUCCUACGGUAAAAUGGAGGCGGAAGCGGACCCGGAGCGGUCGGCGUUGGCGUCGCGGGCCCGACACAAACGUAAGCGAGACGUCGUGUCGAAGUCGGCGUCGUCGCCACUGAACGAGGAGGAAGCGUACACGGCAUUCUUGGAAUCGCGCACUGUCAUAGGAUCAUCGAUUCCGCAAUGGAUUCGCUUGGGCGAGACGUUCACUUCGCACGCGGUGUGCAAGGGAUGGGCCGUGUCCCGAAAAGAAUAUAAGCAGGGCACCUGCCGUCGUUGCCGACGUUCGGCCGUGCAUCACCUCGCCGAAAUAGAUCCAAAAUUUCCAUGGUGGUGUAUUCUUUUCGUUGGAGUCCGAAAUCUGCGUUGUAUAGCUGUCGGUAGUAUUCUACGGCAAGCGAAAGAGAAAGAAGGGUCUCUGGAGGGUCCAGAUACCAUUCUUCGAUACGUCGGAAGGCGAAUCUGGAAAGAAUUGGAUACGGGCAUGAUACACGGCAGUAUCAUUCGCUUUCCCACACUACAAGCAAAGUGGAAGAUUUUCCGAUCUUCUCUUCAUUCUGUGCUACAUUCCAAGGCCGACAAAGAGUUCUUGGAUAAGGAAACGGCCUUUCGAUGGAUUAUCCACUCGGACGCCAUUUACUACCAGCUGUACUACUUGCAACUUACACGACAAAUACCUCUACUUCCACAUGAUGCUGAUACCGUUAGAAGGAUUCCUCAUCCCAGCGAAUACUUUGGGCAAUCGCAAUUUGCUACGGAUCAUCAACAGGCCAAAAUAGCUUUGCGUCUCUUUCUGCAACGGACCGAGACCAAUACUCCUCGAGCAUCCGAUUGGACGGAUCGCUUUGGUUGGACCCACCGCAGCAGUGCCAAGCAUGGGCACAUUUUGGAGACUUUGCACGAAUAUCGUAUGCUGGAAACGGUGCUGCUGUUCGACUUCUCGGGUCUAGUCUCCACAACCGAAACCAUCACCGCCUGGUUCGCCCAAGUCUCGCCGUCGAACCAGCUAGACCAGCACGACACUCCGGCACCACCACUUUGGAUGGCCUGGCGAGACUCGUGCCGCGACUUUCUUUGCCACUUGUACGCGUAUGCUACAAUUUCGCAAUCAGUCAUUUCUCAGCUUCCAUCUCUGUUAUCCAAGUACGGUAUGCAUCAAGGAAUCAUUGAGGCGGGAGCAGGGACCGGAUAUAUUGCAAAUCUUUUCAUCCGAGCGGGCAUUUCGACCGAAGCGUUCGACGUGCACCCAACCAACAGUGGUUCCAAUUCAUCAUCCGUGCACAAUGGGUAUCACGGUGCAACCCCUUCAUAUGUCUCGGUACGCCAAGGCAAGUCCAGUGCGCUCCACAAAUAUUUCUCGCACACAUUUAGCAAGGCUUUGCUACUGUGCUAUCCACCCCCGGACUCAACCAUGGCCUACGACGCGUUGCGCUCCUUUGUGCAACACGGAGGAUCGCUUUUCGUGCACGUUGGCGAAUUCCGGGGCCUUACCGGCAAUUCAACUUUUGAGCAAUUAUUAAUGGAUGACUUUGCUUUGCUGCAGCGUUUCCCUUGUCUACCGUGGGGUACUGACGCUGCGGAGCUCACUAUCUGGCGUCGUCGAAAGGCCAGCGACAACACGUCCAAAAGUCGCCUACUUCCUUGUUCGUCUUGUGGAACUAGGGAAUCGGUACAGCGCCUGCGACUAGUCCGCUACCUUACCUACUGCAGCGCUGAAUGCGCACAGCAGCAUCAACCUUCAAUAAGCGAGCAUCUUCGAUGGGCCUUCCUCCCACCGAUGCGGAUUGAUUGGAAAGACGACCGUUUUUUUGCGAUUUUGUAA